AUGCCCUCGGUGAUGGAGAAGCCGAGCGCGGGCUCCGGGAUCCUGUCCCGCAGCCGGGCCAAGACGGCGCCCAACGGCGGACAGCCUCACUCGGAGGAUGACAGCAGCGAAGAGGAACACUCGCACGACAGCAUGAUCCGCGUUGGAACCAAUUACCAGGCCGUAAUUCCGGAGUGCAAGCCUGAGAGCCCUGCACGCUACAGCAACAAGGAGCUGAAGGGGAUGCUGGUGUGGUCGCCCAACCACUGUGUGUCGGAUGCCAAGCUUGACAAGUACAUUGCGAUGGCCAAGGAGAAGCACGGCUACAACAUUGAGCAGGCACUGGGCAUGCUCCUGUGGCAUAAGCACGACGUGGAGAAGUCACUGGCCGACCUGGCCAACUUCACCCCGUUCCCCGACGAGUGGACCGUAGAGGACAAGGUGCUGUUUGAACAGGCCUUUGGCUUCCAUGGCAAAUGCUUCCAGCGGAUCCAGCAGAUGCUGCCCGACAAGCUGAUCCCCAGCCUGGUGAAGUACUACUACUCUUGGAAGAAGACCCGCAGCCGGACCAGCGUGAUGGACAGACAGGCUCGGCGGCUGGGGGGCCGGAAGGACAAAGAAGAGAGCGAUGAGCUUGAAGAGGGACGAGGAGCCGUGAGUGAGGGAGAGCCAGAUGCUGGAGACCCCAAGAGAGAGCCUCUGCCCUCUAGGCCCCUGAAUGCCCGCCCAGGCCCCGGGAAGAAGGAGGCCCAGGGGUCUCAGUAUCGCCACCACCCCCUGAGAACCCGGCGGCGCCCUCCCAAGGGCAUGUACCUGAGCCCGGAGGGCCUCACUGCCGUGUCAGGGAGCCCGGACCUUGCCAACCUCACGCUUCGAGGCCUCGACUCCCAGCUCAUCUCCCUCAAGCGCCAGGUGCAAAGCAUGAAGCAGACCAACAGCAGCCUCCGCCAGGCCCUGGAGGGCGGCAUUGACCCACUGCGCCCCCCUGAGGCCAACACCAAGUUCAACUCCCGCUGGACCACAGACGAGCAGCUGCUGGCUGUACAAGCCAUCCGUAGGUAUGGCAAAGACUUUGGGGCUAUUGCAGAGGUGAUUGGGAACAAGACUUUGACCCAGGUGAAGACCUUCUUUGUGAGCUACCGGCGCCGCUUCAAUCUGGAGGAGGUGCUGCAGGAGUGGGAGGCCGAGCAGGACGGGGCUCCUGGAGCCCCGGUCCCCAUGGAGGAGGCUAGGAGAGGGGCUCCCUUGCCAGCCUCAGCCCUAGAGGAAGAUGAUGAGGUCCAGAUUACAUCCGUCUCAACAUCUGUGCCCCGAUCGGUGCCCCCUGUGCCACCGCCCCCUCCACCUCCCACUUCGCUGUCCCAGCCGCCCCCACUGCUGAGGCCACCUUUGCCCACGGCUCCUACCCUGCUUCGCCAGCCACCCCCACUGCAGCAGGGCCGCUUCCUCCAGCCCCGGCUGGCCCCCAACCAGCCCCCACCGCCUCUCAUCCGCCCUGCUCUGGCUGCCUCCCGCCACAGUGCCCGCCCCGGCCCUCAGCCCCCGCCCACCCUGAUCGGAGCCCCCCUGGAGCCUCCAGCACCCUCACUUUGA